CGCUCGUCAGCACCACCCACAAUGGCAAAGGUCACCGAAACCACCGACACCCUCUUCUCGCUUGUCGGCCAGCAGCUCAAGCUCGACACGCUCGAGCAGACCCAGCCGUACCUCGACCUGUUGCGCGACAGCCCUCACCUCAAGGAGGUCCGCUUCGGCGGCAACACGCUCGGCGUCGCCGCCUGCGAGGCCAUCGCAAAGGCCCUCGAGGACAAGCACCAGCUCGAGACGGCCGACUUCAGCGACGUCUUCACCGGCCGCCUCAUCUCCGAGAUCCCGCAGUGCCUGCGCGCCCUGUGCACCUCGCUCCUCACCCUCCCUAACCUCACCUCGCUCGACCUGAGCGACAACGCGUUUGGCGGUCGCAGUGCCGAGCCCAUGCUCGAGUUCAUCGGUAACGCUCCCGCGCUCCAGGUCCUCAAGCUGAACAACAACGGCAUGGGCCCGGCAGGCGGCGCCAUGAUCGCCGGCGCGCUUCUCGAGAACGCCAAGAAGGCCGAGCGCGAGGGUCGCAAGAGCGCUCUGCGCGUGCUCGUCUGCGGCCGCAACCGUCUCGAGAACGGCUCGUCGUCCGCAUUCGCCGAGGCCUUCUCGGCCCUGACGACCCUUGAGGAGGUCCGCAUGCCGCAGAACGGCAUCCGCAUGGAGGGCAUCGAGGCCAUCGUGACGGCGCUGCGCGCCAAUCCGGGCCUCGUCACGCUCGACCUGCAGGACAACACGGCGACCGAGAAGGGCUCGAGGGCCAUCGCGCAGAGCCUUCCCUCCUGGCCCAAGCUACAGAACCUCAACCUGUCCGACUGCCUCCUGCGCCCGCGCGGCGGUCUCGCCAUCUUCACGACCCUCUCGUCGGGCUCCAACCCGCUCCUGUCGUCGGUCAAGCUCCAGUCGAACGAGCUCGACGCACGGGCCGUCCUCGCGCUCGCGCGGGCGCUCGACCAGCACGGCGAGCACGUCGUCGACCUCGAGCUGAACGGCAACUACGGCGACGACGGCGAGGAGGAGCAGUUUGUCAAGGUGCGCGAGGCGCUCGACAAGUGGGGCCACGGCGAGGCGCUCGACGAGCUGGACGAGCUCGAGGAGCCCGAAGAGGACGAAGAGGAGGAGAGCGAGGCGGACGAGGACGAGGAGACGGCCGAGGAGCGCGCCGAGGCCGAGGAGCCGAAGCAGGUGGCGAGCGAGCAGGACAAGAAGGACGAGGACGAGCUCGCUGGCCUCAUGGGCAAGGUCGAGAUCAAGUAGCCGCUCGUUCCUGUCUCGCGCUCUGGUUUCCCUCCUCUCCAGUCUCUCUCCUUUUGAGCAGUAUCGUCUUUCGUACCACUAUUCGAGCGCAUCGCAACGCAUAUUUGCAUCGCAGCC